AUGGCCGACCCUCGCCGCCUGAAGGUUGAAGAGUACCUCAUGAAUGCCGUGAAGCUGACCGCGCCACUGAUGUCACCUGGAGGAAAUUCUGUGCAAGUAUCUGUGGAGACCACAACCCGUGGUUACCAUCGGACGGCAUCAGACGGAGUAGACCUGGUCCGCCGGCGGUCCGGUGGGGGAGCCAUCUUUCAGGAUCCUGGCUGCUCAGUUUUCACUUUCUUGUUCCCAUCCGCAGAGUUCGACAUCGACCGCAACCUCGAAACGGUCCUUGGUGCACUCGGCCGCCUGGGCGUCCAGGCUGAGAAGAAGGGCCGUAAUGAUCUCACCUUCGAGGACAAGAAGAUCUCCGGCAGCGCUUUCAAGCAUGCCCCUGAUCGCGGCGUGUCCCUGCACCACGGCACAGUUCUGGUCGACACGGACCUCACGGCUCUCCAGAGAUACCUCACGCCCGACAAGCGGAAGCUUCAAGCCAAAGGCAUCGCCAGUGUUGGAGCUCGUGUCAUGAACCUCCGCGAAAGGUUCCCCGAGGUGAGCCAUGACAGCCUGUGCGAUGCCCUCGUUGCGGAGUUCCGCGAGCGUGACCCGGCUUGUGAGACCCGGUGA